UCACUACAAGGUUAUAAAUAAAGUGCGCAAAAUAACUACCAAACCAGUACGAAAAUGAAACUCUUCGCAUCACUACUCGCGACCAUCGUCGCCGCCCAAGCCGUCCAACUGCCCCCCAAUUUCAAAAAAUGCAACCGCCACCAACCCGACUUCCGCGGCUGCCUCCUGGACGCCGCCCGCUUCGGCGCCACCCAGCUAAACCGCCCCUACAAAGAACUCAAAAUGGCCAGCCUCGACCCGCUAUACAUCCCGAAAAUCCAGGCUAGUGUGAACACGCCCUUAGUGAACAUCUCGUCGGACCUAACAGAUUGCAAAUUCCACAAUUUGGUCCGAGUGGAUAUCGAAAAAUUCGAUAUCGACUUCGAGGCGAAAACUCUUCAUUUGGCCGCGUUCUGGCCCGAACUGAAGAGCGAGUGUUAUUUUAAGAUCGAUGGACAUAUGUUGCGGAAUCGGGUCCAGGGAGAGGGUCCGAGUUCGGCGAUUUAUAGGAAAUUCAAGUGGACGUUUGAUAUGACGUACGAAGAAGCCAAAAGGCGCAAUAAGACGUAUGUUAAGCCCGUGACGACCAGUUUUGACGGGAAACCAGAGUCGGUGUUCAUGGAUAUGGGUUUUCUGGGGAUUGAUAAAGAGAUGGGUGAACGGAUUAAUAAAAUAGUGAACGAUAACUGGAGCGAGCUUUACGACGACGUUAAGGGUUAUUAUCUGGAAAAUGCAAGGGAUACGUGGGUGCAGAUUAUGCAUGGGUGGUUCGCCAGAUUGUCUUUGGAAGAAGCCUUCGACUAAGAACUUGUUUAUUUAAUUAGUGUUGCCAGUGUGUGGUUUGCCUUCAAAAUACUGCGGAUUUUAAUUGCGAUAUUCGAUACUUAAUUAGUCUGGCCGUGUUCUACUUAAUAAAAAUUGGUCACUUAGAUACGGUUCAACGCGUAACAUAAUGCGUUCGAAUCAUAGAUGGUGGCGGAGAUUUGUCUCUAUUUUUAUUUUGAUGUAUCAUUUUUUAAUAUAAUUUUAAAUAUUUUUAUUCUUUUCAAUUACAUAUCUUUAAAAAUAUAAGUUUAUUGUUAGAAUUUUACAAAAAUGUAAUGUUAUUUUAGUAUUACGAAAGUUCUGUAAUUUUGAAAAAUUGUAAACACGGAAAAUUCGAAGAUGUUAAAAAACGA